AAGGCACCUGACACAUUUACAACGCAGCCGAUUUUUUGCGAUUUGAUAUAUUGUAAUGGGCGGUAUGAGGAAUUUGAGAGGCAAAAUGCGUUUUUAUUAGUAGUGUUUCGCUUAAAAGAGUGAGUUUAGAGUCUUAUCUUAGGGCAUCUCCAGCCACCUGCAGAAGUUCGCUCCUGCCGGGACCAUGUCAUGGCGCCUGCUGCUGCCGCUCGGGCUGGUCACCCACCUGGUGUUCCUGGCCUCCAUAUUCGACAUCUACUUCACAUCACCCAUUGUGCACGGGAUGGCGCCCCAGAAGCCGCUGCAGCCGCCGCCGGCCGCCCGACUCGUGCUGAUCUCGGCUGACGGGCUGCGUGCCGACAAGUUCUACUCGCGAGGCGCCGACGGACGACCGCUGGCGCCAUUCCUCUGCCGGAUGGCUCGCACACGUGGCGUCUGGGGCGUGUCCCACACACGUGUACCCACCGAGUCCCGACCGGGACACGUGGCGCUCGUGGCCGGCGUGUACGAGGACCCCAGCGCCGUGACACGCGGCUGGCAAGAGAACCCCGUGCCGUUCGACACCGUCUUCAAUCAGAGCUCGCAUACCUGGGCGUGGGGCAGCCCGGACAUUGUGCCCAUGCUGGCCAAAGGCGCCACACCUGGACGGGUGGACACCUUCACAUACGACGCGCACGAGCAGGACUUUGCGCGCGGCCUGGCCUCCGAGCUGGACGGAUGGGUGUUUGAUCGUGUCUCCGAGUUUCUGAGGACGGCCGCCGGCCACCCGGCCACGGACGCGCGUCUUCGUCAGCAGGGGACAGUGCUGUUUCUGCACCUACUGGGACUGGACACCACGGGGCAUGGACAUAAACCGCAGUCCAGUCAGUACGCUGACAACAUUCGCUUCGUGGAUGCCGGACUAGAAAAGCUGAUCGGUGAGAUCGACAAAUACUUCAACGACAGCCGAACGCUGUUCGUGUUCUCGUCAGACCACGGAAUGACCGAUUGGGGUUCCCACGGCGCGGGCGACCCGUCAGAGACCCAGACCCCGCUGGUGGCCUGGGGGGCAGGUAUCCGUGGACCGCUGCCGGCACCGGACGGCGACCCGCCCCCGGACGCCAUCACCGCCGCCCUGUACGCGGGCCGCGCGGUCGAUCAGGGGAUGGCAGAGGAGGGAGAGAAGAGAGAGGAGGGGAGGGAGCUGCUGGAGCUCCGCAGGACUGACGUGGCUCAGGCGGACAUAGCGCCGCUGGUGACGGCGCUGCUCGGUCUCAACCUGCCCGUCAACUCGGUGGGCCGUCUGCCUCCCGACAUUCUGGGCGUACCACCCGACCAGCGGGCCGACCUUCUCUUCACCAACGCUCGCCAGCUGCUCUGUCAGUACGAGACACGCCGGCAGCAGCGGCGGGCCGCCACGGCCGCCGCGCUGUACUGGGAGCACGGCAGGCUGGCGCCGCACGCGCAGACGCAGAUGGUGAACAAGGUGCUGGACUACAUGCAGAAACGCGACUGGGAUAACGCGAUGUUUCUGAUUGGCGAGCUGAUGGACCUGGCGCUGGCCGGAAUGCACUACUACCACACGUACGACCGUCCGAUGCUGCAGACCGCUGUCACACUCUGCUACCUGGGAUGGAUGCUGCUGCUCGCAUCACAUCUGGUCAAGACGUCUGGCACCUCCGUGCCUGCCGAGGGCCCGUCGGCCGGCGGACCGGCCGCUCUGGCCGUUGGAGUGGUCGGUACCAGCGUGGCUGUCUUCCUUAUCGUCGCCAAGUCCCUGCCGGCCCACUACGCCGUCUACCUGCUGCUGCCGGUGCUACUGUGGUCGGUGCUCGCCUACGACGUUUCGGGGCUGUGGGCAGUGAGAGCCGCGGCUGGAGAUAGGGGCACCGUGCUGAGGCAUGGCGCGGUGCUGGUCGGCAUCGAGCUGCUGGUGGUGUCGUUUUUCCAGCGCUGGGUGCUCUCUGUACUUCUCCUGGCCCUGGCGCCCUGGCCGCUGACCCUGCCAAAGUACAGGAAGCGGCUCACGGUGCUGUGGGUGGGAUCGUCGGUACUUUUGGCGGGGUUCCCACUCAGUCCCGUCAUCACCCAUCAGGCUAACUAUCUGCUCGUGAAGGCGGCAGCCAUGUUCUCGGCCGGCGGAGUGGCGCUGGCCUCCCUGUCCGGUGAGCUGCGCCUGUUCCGACCGGUGGACCGCCUCCGUGAGCCGCGUCACUGUCGGCUGAUCCUGCUGGCGCAGGUGGCGUUCCUAGCGGCCGCCGCCGGAGCUACUCACGCCGUCCAGUCGGCUGUCGGGAGCCGCACCGCCGUGCCGGGAUUCGUACACGUGGCGUCCUGGGCCAUGCUGGCUCUGUCGUGGCUGCUGCCGUGUCUCAGCUCGGCGUGGCUGCUGAACCGUCUGCUGCACGUCACGGCUGCCCUGCUGGUCCCCUUCCUGCUGCUCAGUCUCGGCCGAGAGGCGCUCUUCCUGCCGCUGCUGGCGCUGCACCUCUACUCGUGGACACGGCUCGAGCAUACCGCCGAACAGAAACAGCUGGCGGAGCUGUCGUUUGACGACCCUCUGAGGAAAAACGAGGCCCGCCGGCCGGCCCAGUUCGGCGACACACGCAGGGCCUUCUUCUACUUGCUGUUCGUCAUGUUCGCGUUCUUCGGUAUCGGUAACAUCGCCAGCGUCAACUCGUUCGACCCGACGUGCGUCUACGCGUUUGUGACCGUGUUCAGCCCGUGGGUGAUGGGUGCGCUGCUGCUCACCAAAAUACUGGUGCCGUUCCUGCUAGUCUGCUGCUACGGAAGAGCCGUGGCUACUGUGACCAGGAUGUCGACCCAGCGUCUGUUCCUGACGGUGCUACUGAUGUCGGAUGUCAUGUCCGUCCACUUCUUCUUCCUCGUCACCGACGCUGGGUCGUGGCAGGACAUCGGCUUCUCCAUAUCACACCACGUGAUCGCCACAGGAACAUCGUGUUUCCUUCUGAUACUGCACGGCGCGGCGCGGGUGCUGACCAGUGCCACCUGGUGGUCGCCGGUGGAAUCUGUACUUACAGAGCGGCGCCGCAGUCGCGUGGACCGGCUGGGCGGCGGGGAGAUUGAAGUGUCUGUGGUGGGAGGGAGUGCCACGCAGGGGAUUAAACUCGAGUGAGCACUGAGGAGGCUGUGAGGACACGUCGGGCGGCGUUGCUGGACAGGGGGACAGUGAGGGAGAUUGAGGAAGUGUGCUAGGGUGUGAGCCGGGUGUGGGUGGCCGAGGAUUGAACGGGAGUGAGUAAAGGUAUGAGGUGUGUUGAGGAUGAGGGUGUGUGAGGGGAGUCACGAGUGGGUAUGAUGAACGCGGUUCAGGCGGUAGUAGCAUGGCCAGGUGUAUGGGGAUGAGUAUUGAAGAAUGGACGUAGCCUGGAUGGAGUUUGCAUGGUUUUUGUACCCUCUGCUGCUAUCUUUCACCGAGUAGUGGGACAUAUUUUACUCGGGGUGAGAUUAGGAACGUGGCUCAAGAAGUUACUGCUUUAAAGGCACCGGGCCAGAGGACCAAGACGUGCCCGGACAAAAGUGUUCAGUCUUGAGAAAGGAAAUGUGGAAGUGGCCCACUCCUUGUGCCAGUCCCACCGCACCCAUUUUACCUAUUGCAAUGCAACUAGGGUUGACCACAAUUUUACGUGAAUUCUGGUCACUGAGUUCGUCUCGACCGAGCUUGGUGUGCUAUGUGAUCGUCCAUUGUUAUGGCAUUGCUUGCCAUCUUAAGUGGCACGCAUGUCUCCAUGUGGUAGUGGCGACAGAUCUCUGGUUUACUGUGUGCCCCCAGACUUGGUGCCAUCACCGACGCAUGAGAUUCGAUUUUGCUUGCCAAUUACUCAGUGAUUGCGAUUUCCUUGCGUGUAUCUUUUCCAAUGCACCACAGCGUAUCACUAUCGAUUUUCUUUGACGACAGCUUCUGCAGUAUUUCCCAUCCCCAGAAGCAUAUCGCUCGCCAUUUUCUAAGUUGCCGCCAGGGUUACCAUGGGACUUUACCUGAUCGGGUGAUUAGGAGCCAAGGUUGCAGUGAGGCAGCGCAACUUUGCCUAUGUAUGUAGUAUGGGAUAUUCUCAACACCGCUACAGUCCGUGUCCUAGUCUGUGAUUGGAUGGUGGCCUUUGGUUGCCACCGGUUGUCAUGGCAACUGUGGCAGCACGAGCUUUCUGUGAUUGUUGACUUGUAGAGCAUGUAAAUCGCCAUUAAUGGCGUAAAACGGGAGAAUUGUACACAAAUUAUUAAUCCAAAGGGCAUUAUGUUCAUGUUAUGCGUUGAGUGGGCACUGUGAAAUGAUAGUCUCUCGUUAAUACAGAGUUGUGAGCUUUGA